UGGGUGUGAAAAGAUACAUUGGUGGUGUGUGGCAAGCAGCUCAUUAUCAGCAGCUGCCAGCAGCAGGAAACACGUGUUUUGAGGGACUUUACAUAGACGGCUUGAGCUCGUCUCGCUGGAGCGCGGAGACAGGUGAGACCUUGGAGCCGGGAGCUGCGGGGUGGAUGGCCGUGCUGGAGCUGGGCGCCUGGAGAAGAGUUUCACAGCCACCUUCUCUGCGGAUGUGGUGCCACUGCUGAAAUCUGAUGAUCAUUAGUAAAGCGGCAGUCUGUCAUCUGUGCCCAGGUAGAGCCAAAGCCGGACAAUGUCAGAAAGCAUCCUGGAAGAAAUCUUUAUAAAACGGUCCCAGCAGAAGAAGAAAACCUCACCGCUGAACUUCAAGGAACGGCUGUUCGUUCUGACGCAGGACAAGAUAUCGUACUAUGAUUACGAUGCUGAGAAAGGGAAACGGAAAAGCUUGAAGGGCUCGGUUGAUGUAGAGAAGAUCAAGUGCGUGGAGACGGUGCAUCCUGAGGACAAUGCGCCUGCCGAGAGACAGUAUCCUUUUCAGAUCAUCUACGAUGAGGGCCCUCUGUACAUCUUUGCAAAGAGCGAUGAUGUCCGACGGCAGUGGAUUCACAAGCUGAAGCACGUGGUGAGCUUCAACAAGGACCUGGCUCAGAAGUAUCACCCGUGCUUCUGGGUUGACGGUAUGUGGCAGUGCUGCCAGCAGGAGGUCAAACAGGCUCUGGGCUGCCAAGUGCUGGAGACUAAGAAUGGGGGGUUUUUCAGCAAGGGUUCUCGCCGUAAAUCCAGGAAGCCCCUGCCACCAACCCCUGAAGAGGAAACGAGGGCAAUUCCACCACAGCCCCCACGCCCUCAGCCCACCACAUCGUCACUAAUAACCGUCAUCGCGGAGUAUGAAUACACGCCUGUGUCUGAUCAGGACCUUGAGCUGAGGAGGGGUGAGGAGUACACCAUCCUUGAAAAGCACGAUGUUCAUUGGUGGAGAGCCAGGGACAAAAAUGGCAAGGAGGGAUACAUUCCUAGUAACUACGUUGUUGAAGCUGGAAAUGGACUUGAAAAAUAUGAUUGGUAUUGCAAGAAUAUGAACCGCAGCCAAGCAGAGAAUCUCCUGAAGGCAGAGAACAAGGAUGGAGGGUUCUUGGUUCGGGACUCGAGCAAAGCUGGGAAGUACACAGUCUCACUAUUCACCAAGGGUUUGGGGGACACCAUGGGCGCCUGCAGGCACUACAACAUCUGCACCACUCCCCAAGGGCAGUACUACCUGGCAGAGAAGCACAACUUCUCCACCAUUAAUGAACUCAUCAACUAUCAUCAGCACAAUGCUGCAGGUUUGGUCAGUAGACUAAAGCAUAUUGUUUCAAAUGAAGUGAAGAAUGCACCAUCAACUGCUGGCUUGGGCUAUGGUGUCUGGGAGAUUGACCCCCGAGACCUGACCUUUAUCAAGGAGCUUGGCACCGGUCAGUUUGGUGUGGUGAAGUAUGGGAAGUGGCAGGGGCAGCAUGAUGUGGCCAUCAAAAUGAUCAAAGAGGGCUCCAUGUCAGAGGAUGAUUUCAUCGAUGAGGCCAAAGUCAUGAUGAAACUCUUCCAUGAAAACCUGGUGCAGCUGUAUGGCGUCUGCACCAAACAGAGGCCCAUCUACAUUGUGACGGAAUUCCUCUCCAAUGGCUGCCUGCUCAACUACCUGCGUGACACUCUGAAACACCCAUCCGCCAUUCAGCUCCUGGAGAUGUGCAAGGAUGUGAGCGAGGGAAUGGCCUACUUGGAAUCUCAGCAGUUCAUCCACAGAGAUCUGGCUGCAAGGAACUGCCUGGUGGCUUCGAACGGGACCGUUAAAGUCACAGACUUUGGAUUGUCGAGGUACGUUUUGGAUGAUGAGUACACCAGCUCCGUGGGCUCCAAGUUCCCCGUACGCUGGUCCCCUCCGGAGGUUCUCCUCUACAGCAGAUUCAGCAGCAAGUCUGACAUCUGGGCUUUUGGGGUGCUGAUGUGGGAGGUGUACACCUUGGGCAGGAUGCCUUAUGAGCGCCUAAGCAACACUGAGAUAGUGGACAAGGUGUCGGCUGGAUUUCGCCUCUAUCGCCCCCAGCUGGCUAAUGAGAGGAUUUAUUCCAUCAUGACAAACUCUUGGCAUGAUAAACCAGAAGAGCGACCAACAUUUCAAGACCUUGUGCUCACUAUUCAAGAUCUUCUGUAUGAACUGCAGGAGGAGGGAAAUUAAACCUGCAUCAGCUGACAGUUACUACUCAGAGGAAAACACUUGGUGUCUAAGGAUGAUCUUGUAAAAGAGCUGGUAAAAAAACCCUGACAAAGUUCUGAAACAACAGACACCAGUUACAAGUCCUUGUAUCUGUCAUUUCCAUAAAUACAUGCCUAGGGUGAGAAUUCCUCUUUUUUGGCAUGUUAUCUCAAACCAUAUUCAAUAAACUCAAUAUCUCAAGGCCAUACUGUAGUAAAUGUGAAAGGGUGGAGAGGGUAUGUAAAAUGGGUGAGUGUGUGAAUGUGGAAGCCAAUGUAGUUAUUACUUUGUGCUUUAUUGUGCUGUGCAUUCGGAAUGGUGACAGGUACAUUGAAAUGUCCAGAUUUACAGGAACUUCGAAAACCGCCAACUGUGAAAAUUCAACACACAAAUUUAACAUUAAGAAAAAUUUUGUUAAUAUGUCAACUUGAAAAAUUGUGUGAAGUAAAUUUAAA